AGUGACCCACAGAGUUACUCAGAAAACCUUUUUUUCUUUUUUCAUUUUUUCUUUUAAAGCCAUUUAAUUUACUUAUUUAGGAGCAGAGAAUGUUUGGCUUUAUUAUAAAAAUGCUGUUUUAAACAAGUAAAUUACAAAAUACUGGGGAGCAGCCUAGAAAGUGUAACUCUGGAGACACUCCUGAAACUCCACCCUAAAUUUAAGGAACCAGAGAGUUGACGAGCUCUCCCUCCACCUCCCUUUCUGAGAACAACAAUGGCCCUGAAUGAUGUUGAUGUGCAGAAACAGAUCAAGCACAUGAUGGCUUUCAUUGAGCAGGAAGCCAAUGAAAAGGCAGAGGAAAUAGAUGCCAAGGCUGAAGAAGAGUUCAACAUUGAGAAAGGGCGCCUUGUGCAAACCCAGCGACUAAAGAUUAUGAAGUAUUAUGAGAAGAAGGAGAAGCAGAUAGAGCAGCAGAAGAAAAUUCAGAUGUCCACCAUGAAGAAUCAAGCAAGACUUAAAGUCCUAAGAGCCCGAAAUGACCUCAUUUCAGAAUUGCUCAAUGAUGCAAAGCUGAAACUCCGCAGGAUUGUGGAGGACCCAGAAAUCUACCAGAAGCUGCUAGAUAAGCUAGUGCUGCAGGCUCUGCUCCGACUGCUGGAGCCUGUGAUGAUCGUGCGCUGCAGGUCACAGGACCUCCUCAUGGUGGAGGCUGCAGUACAAAAAGCCAUCCCUGAAUACAUGGCAGUCUCACAAAAACAUGUAGAGAUCCUGGUUGAUAAAGAGGCGCACCUGGCUGUGAACACAGCUGGAGGUGUAGAGGUCUACAGCAGCGAUCACAGAAUAAAAGUUUCCAAUACCCUAGAAAGUCGACUGGAUAUCUCAGCCCAGCAAAAGAUGCCAGAAAUACGAGCAGCCUUGUUUGGAGUUAAUGCUAACAGGAAGUUUUUUACAUAGGGCUCUGGAAACUAACGUUUGUGCUCAAUUGCUAAGCCAUUAAAGUCUAAAGUUAUUGGGGAAGAGGAAA